GUCGUCGGCUAGUCCACACAUCUCUCUCUUUGGUGUUCGUCCUGGCUGGUCACCCGUCUUGAUACCACAUCUCUUCUCGUGAAAGACACGACCCGGCUCAGCAUUGAAUCAACAGCAUCGCAGUCGAUGGCCCAACCGGAAGCGUCCUCCUCACAUAUACACAUCCCCUUCCCGACCUAUCAUGACCAUGCUGACGAUGACGACGAUGUGUUCGGAGGCCACGCCUCGGACGCGCAUGCCACUCCGCGCUUCAGCCAUCUCCUAAAUUCCGUCCUUGGCUCUCCAUUUCUGACCACCUCAGACCUUCCUGCCGGCGACGCGGACACCGCAUAUGCCCCAAGCGCCAUGUUCGGCGCAGAUGACAGCAACGGAAAUGCAUACGCAGACGACGCAGACGAUGUGGACAUGGAGACCGUCGACGGCGCGUUCGCUUCCGUCCCGCGUUCUUUUACUAUCACCCGCCCCACCUCCCCUACCCCAAGCUUCCGCACGGAGACGUUCUCCAUUGUGAAUUGGAAUCCCGACGCAUACAGUACAAUGCUUCCUGGCAAUGGUGAUGGCACGCCGCGCUGCUCGAUGGCGUUCAUUCACCCCUCAGGGCGGCGCACAAUCUCUGGGUACCCAAGCUACUGGAAUCCCCUCUCAAACACCCCAGCGCCUUCGCCCAUCAAGCCUUCUAGAAGCUUGACAAUCGGUAUGGGGAUCUUGCCCAGGAUAUGGGACGCGUUGCGGGAGGGUUCCCCGGGUAAGCGCAUACGGCGACGGCCUGGCAUUCCGUCAUGGCGAGAUACAGCGGAGCUCGAGUACCAUUCCGACGGGUACGUCGACUAUGCCAGUUUGGAUCCUCUGGAUGGCGAAGAGGGGGAGCUUGUCGACGACGAAGCGUGUUUCAUCGACGUUCGCGCGAUCACCGGCAUGGAUAUCGUGUCGCACUUGCCACUCGAGCUCGCACUCUAUCUACUGGCGUUCUUGGAUCUACCCUCUAUCCUAUCUUGCCUUCGUGUAUCCAGGAAUUGGAAUCAAUUGGCACGCGACAACUCGAUAUGGCGUGUUCUCUUCUCCCUGAGGGAGAAGGAUGGUUGGCGUGUCGACCUACGUAGAGCACCCCGCGAGAGCAUGCUGUCAUCGCUGAGGAUGCCUCUUUCCAUGAUGCCCGCGCCCCUUGAGAUCAACUGGUACAACCUAUACCGGAAUCGACAGGAGCUCGACCGCCGCUGGUCCAAUUACCCUGGUGCUGGACUGAGUGCGGAUCUGAGCGACGAUAGUCCCUUAAAAGAGAAGGAAACCCCAAGGGGGUACGAGCCCAAAGUGACGCGCAUCGGUGGACACGGCGAUAGCGUAUAUUGUCUAGAGUUCGAUUCGUCACGCAUCGUCACUGGAUCGCGCGACCGGACAAUCAAAGUCUGGAGCCUCAGGACGGGCAAAUGCCUCGCGACGUUCGCUGGCCACCGCGGCUCAGUCCUCUGCCUGAAGUUCGACCGUGACUGGGAUACCCUGGACGACGAGGAGAUAGAACGUGUCGACGAGCGUGCGCCGCGCAAGGGGUUCAUGGUCAGCGGUUCGAGCGAUUGCACGGUCGUCGUGUGGGACUUGUAUGCGCACCCAGUUCCCGGAGAGGAGCCGAGGGUCACGGCGGAAGUCAGGAAGGUGCUUCGUGCGCAUGGGGGAGGGGUGCUAGAUCUUAGAAUUGACUCGAGGUGGAUCGUCAGUUGCUCGAAGGACGCUUUGAUCCGGGUGUGGGACAGGAAGACCCUGGAGUUACACUGCACACUACGCGGUCACGAGGGCCCUGUGAACGCGGUCGGGUUACAGGGCAACAGGGUGGUCAGCGCAAGCGGAGACGGAAAGAUGAUCCUGUGGGAUGUUGCGAGUGGGGAACGGUUGAGGACGUUCGAAGGCCAUGACCGUGGUCUGGCAUGCAUCGAGUUCAAGGACGAACUCAUCGUAUCUGGCUCGAACGACUGCAAGAUCAAAGUUUGGGACGCGAACACGGGUGUGUGCCUUCGCACGCUGACUGGGCACGACUACCUCGUUCGUGCACUGUCCUUCGAUCCCCGGAGCGGACGACUCGUGAGCGGGAGCUACGACAAGACGGUCAAAGUGUGGGACCUGCACUCGGGCAAGAUGGUGCGGGAGUUCCGCGGGUGCCACGUGAGCCACAUAUUCGACGUCAAGUUCGACCACUGUCGUAUCGUAAGCACUUCACAUGACAGGAAGAUUGUUGUACUCGAUUUUUCUGAGGGGUUGGACACGACGUUGUUUGUCUGAUGUCGAUCCCAAUGACGGCGACAGCACACAAGGCCGCUGUCUGAAUGUUAUGAGAUCUGUGCUUCGAAAUGACUGUAUUCUAUCACGACCUAAUGGACACCCACACGUUUUUUACGUUCCCUUCGGCUCCUCUUCCUCCUCUCCUUUGCUUUUCUCCGUGCAUCGUUGUCCGCGUUCGGUCCUCCGCGUUCAUGUUCCGUACAUAGUAGUUCUCCGUUCAGUUACCCUUUUCUGUUCUCUGCACAGCGGAUCGUUUCUCUUUUUUCUCGCUUCUUUCUCUCUUCGCGCACAACACACGAUACCCCCCGCAUCAUCACUCACAGUCAUCCACCAGUUUCAUAUUUAUGUAUCACCUACGUCACACCGCGCUAGGACUGUGUUGUUUGUAGGAUUGGAUCUGUAGUUUCGCUAUAUCGUGUACCACCAUACGUACGUACCAACAUCGUCUCGUUUCCACCCUGUGCAUGGAGAUCCUUCA